AUGUCCAUCAGGCAGCUCCCAGAGGACGUGGCCGCGAAGAUCAGGUCCUCGGCCGCCAUCACCUCGCUGAACCACGUUGUCUCGGGCUUGCUGAAGAAUUCGCUCGACGCCGGCGCCAACAAGAUCCACGUCCGCCUCGACUACGCCCGGGGCAACUGCAUCGUUGAAGACGAUGGGCUGGGGAUAGAGCCACGCGAGUUCAGACCCGAUGGGGGCCUGGGGAAAUGUCACCAUACGUCCAGGUGUCCCCCAAGCCCGCGUUUCCAUGGCUGCCGCGGUGACUUUCUCGUGUCCGUAGCAAACCUGUCGUUGCUCUCGGUCACUUCUCACCACCACCGCCACCUGUCUCAGAGCUUCCUCUCGAUACACAACUCCAAAGUACUCACCAGACAGCUGCCUGCAUCUCCUGAGCAGAGGCUGGAGACCUUUAGCCAUGGCACCCGCGUAUCUGUCCAUGCCUUGUUCGGCUCCAUGCCCGUCAGAGUCAAGCAUCAAGCUACUGUCUUCUCUGGACGCUCCGGCGUCGACAAGCAAUGGGGACUUCUUGCCCGGGAGAUGGUCGCCUUGCUUCUCGCUUGGCCAUCAGAGGUGUCCGUCUCCCUGACCGAAACCGCGGCUCGCCUAGAACUGCGCCUAAAGUCCACGGCAAACAUCGACAUUCUCCUACGCACCUCGAGACUCUUUACCCAGGCGUCUUUGGCCGACUCGGACGAUGCCAACUCCUGGAGAUCAGUUUCGGCUUCAGCCCGCCACAUUCGCAUCAAGGGCUGUAUUUCAACGACCCCGGCAGCGACACGCCGCUCGCAGACGAUGAGUCUCGGGAUCCAACCCAUCUUGAACAACCAAGACAACAAUGCCCUCUACGAAGCAGUCAACGACGUCUUUAGAACCUCGAGUUUCGGCGUCGUCGAGGAUGACGGGGUGGAUGCUCCAAGACACUCAGGGUUCAGUGCCAAGCCACGGAAAGGCCUCGAGCGGUGGCCCAUGUUCUACCUGCAGAUUACACUGCCCAGCGCCGACAUGAUUGCCGUCGACGACAUUCUCAACGACUCUCACAAAACCUUGGGAAAUAUCUUAGACCUGCUAAGAGCAGUGAGCUACGAGUUCCUGAAGAAACAAAGUCUGCGCCCCCGCGCGAUCGUCAGGUCGACAGAAGUGGCGGGACUCUCGGCAUCAAGGCCGCCGCCCAAGGUAGUCAGGCCCACUGCGCAAAGUCCGCUCACCAAUUCGGAAACUCGAUCUGGGAGUCCCUUUAACGAUUGGAAUCGCGUAAAGGUUGGAUGGGCAGCGCCGCGAUCAAAGGAGCGAGGCGUCGCAGGGGGCCAGAAGCGCCGACUGGAUACCGCGACGCUCGAAAGAGAGGCAAAGCAGAAUGACGUACCCCGGCCUGGUCCUAUGAGCGAGGCAGAGGAGGAGAGCUCCCAACUCUUCUCAAACACGAACGGCCAGCUUCCGGACGACUCCACCACAAGGCGGCAGCGCAAAAAAGUUCGGGCCCUUGAAAACAGGACCAAACCCCAGCCCAGCAAGUGGCUCCAGGGAGUUCUACAAUCCUGGGAGAACCCCGUGUUUGAGGCGGCACAGAAGGCCAUUCCCAGUCUUUACGAAACCGGACCCACCGCGGAUGCUGCUCAUGCAUGCCGCGGAAAGGGACAUGUCAGAUUCGAUACGGGGUCGAUGAGCCUUGCCGGACGCCUAUCUAGAUCGGCGCUGGGUGAUGCCCAAGUCAUCGCACAGGUCGAUCGCAAAUUCAUUCUCGUCAGGCUGCCAUUGGAGUCUGCCUUGAAGACGGACCAGGGCCUCUCGUCUGCGGGCCUGGUCAUGAUAGACCAGCAUGCCGCCGACGAGCGAUGCCGGUUAGAGGAAUUGCUGGAAGACUACUUUGAAGAUCAGCAUAACACGGGUCGUGUCCAACCCGUCGUCGAGGCUCUGGACCGGCCCGUGGUGUUUGAGGCGUCUGGACGAGAGGGGGAGCUGCUCCAACAAUACGGAGAGCACUUUGAGGCCUGGGGGGUCAUGUACAAGGUCCAAAGAGGACCGCGGAUAGGCUCGGCCUGUCAAGUCCAGGUCACUGGCCUCCCGCCCAGCAUCCUCGAGAGGUGCCGCAGUGAGCCCCGUGUGCUCAUCGACCUUGUGCGCAAGGAGGCGUGGGCGCUCGCCGAUGACAAGGUCGUCUCUCGGCCGCGAGGUGUGUGCCACGGCACGGACAAGUCGUGGACGUCGAGGUUCCGCGGCUGCCCGUCUGGCAUCCUCAAGCUCCUCUACUCCCGAUCAUGUCGCAGCGCCAUCAUGUUCAACGACGAGCUAUCGCGGGACGAGUGCGCACGACUGGUGCUAAGACUGUCCCGCUGCGCGUUCCCGUUUCAGUGCGCGCACGGGCGGCCCAGCAUGGUGCCACUUGCCGAUUUGGGGUCGGGAGCCGGGCGCAUCUGGCGCGACGGGCCGUCGGUUGGAGUACAGGGGUGGAAGAGAUGGAUGGAGGACGAUGGCUGA